AAACACGAGUUCUUUGUGGACAUGACCUGUGAAGGCUGCUCCAAUGCGGUCACCCGUGUCCUGCACAGGCUGGGAGGUGUCCAGUUUGAUAUUGACCUGCCCAACAAGAAGGUGUGCAUCGACUCGGAGCACAACGUUGACACCCUGUUGGAAACCCUAAAGAAGACUGGAAAGAACGCUUCCUACCUUGGGGAGAAGUCCGCGCAGUAGCCUUGCCUGGUGUUAGGAGGCUAGGAACUCAAACAUGGCUUCAGCAAAAAAAGGUGGCUUAACUGUUUGCAUAUCUCUCAACUUGCUCUGUCAUUUGGCCUUUACUACCCUGCCAGAUGUCGGAAAGCAGAGGGCUGGCAGGAGGAGAGAGCUGCAUCUUGGGCUUUAAAAGUGGAGAAAUCUAGAGAAGGUUAUAUGCUGUUUCUAGUCCCACAGUAAAUCGAGGCGCUGCUUCUAUC